GGGAGAAUCACAGAGGCUGCGCGCAGGUUGGAGAGUGGAGAACCAAGCGACCACAGGAAGACGCAGAGACGGCGAGCGGGCGCUCGAUCUGCUGGCAGCCAUUCCCGGCCUCUGCCUGGUCGUCGUCCUUGAUACGAGAGGGGCGUGAGCAGUUGCCAUGGCGAGCCAUCACCGUGGAGGAGGCCGCGGCGGCCGGGGCCAGGCGAACUCGAACGUGGCUCAGGGGGGCUAUAGAGGCGGCGGCGGCCGAGGUGGGCAGUUCUACGGUGAUGACCGCGGCGGCAGGGGCGGAGGUCGUGGCUUCGACGGCCGCGGCGGCUACCAGGGAAGCCGUGAUGGGGGCGGUGGCCGAGGCGGCGGAGGGUACCAGGAAGGCCGUGGCGGGGGCGGUGGCCGAGGAGGCGGAGGGUACCAGGAAGGUCGGGGCGGGUGCGGGGCCCGAGGAGGCGGAGGGUACCAGGAAGGUCAGGGCGUGGGCCGAGGCGGCGGAGGGUACCAGGAAGGCCGUGGCGGGGGUGCGGGUGGGGGCGGGGGCCGUGGCGGCGGCUACCAGGGACGCGGUGGCCGCGGAGGCAACGACUACGGCCGCGGCGGCGGGCAGCAGGGAGGAGGCAGCGGUGGUGACUACUUCGGCGGUGACCCCGGGCGCGGGCGCGGCGGUCAGAGCCAGCCUGCCGAUCUGCGCCAAGCCGGGCCACCCCUCUCGGAGCGCUACGCGGCUGCGGCCGCCGCGCUUCGGCAGAAGUUCAAGAUGAUGGACAUCCACCGCGACGAGCCCAUGCUCCCGGCGCGCCCCGGGGUAGGUGCCAAGGGGACGCCGUGCGUCGUCAAGGCCAACCACUUCUUCGUCGGCCUCGUCGACAAGGGCCUGCACCACUACGACGUGACCAUCUCGCCGGAGUCGACGUUGAAGGGCGUUUACAGGGAGCUCAUGUCGAAGCUGGUGUCCGAGCACCAGCAGACCGACCUCGGCGGCCGCCUCCCGGCUUACGACGGCAGGAAGUCGCUCUUCACCGCCGGUGAGCUGCCGUUCAAAAGCAAGGAGUUCGUGAUCACCUUGUUCGGAAACAACAACUCCUUUGACCGAAGGACGGAGAGGAAGUACACGGUGGUGAUCAAGCACGCCACGGCGGUCAGUCUGCACCAGCUGAUGAUGCUCAUGGGGGGCCAAUCCACAGACAUCCCGGGCCAGGCGCUGCAGGUCCUCGACAUCGUGAUGCGUGACAUCGUGCUCAAUGAACGCAACGAUAUGGGGUACGUCGCGGUUGGCCGGUCCUUCUUCUCGCCGGUCAUAGAGGACCUAAAGGAUCUAGGCCUGGGUAUUGAGGGAUGGAAGGGGUUCUAUCAGAGCAUCAGGCCUACACAAAAUGGCUUGUCUGUGAUCAUAGACAUUUCUUCAACAGCUUUCAUUCGACCCCUGCCACUGGUUGAAUUUGUCAAGAAGAUUCUUUACAAGGAAAAAACGAGCAACUUUACUAGUAUUAGUCAUAUGGAUUAUGUCAAGCUCAAGAAGACCCUCAGGGGUGUGAGGAUUGAAGUCACUCACCGAGGAGAUGCACGGCGGAAGUACAGAAUUGCCAGCUUGACCGAAAGUUCUCUUAGUCAUACAAGUUUCACAUCGUCCUCUGGGGUUGAAAAGACUGUCAAGGAUUACUUCAGAGAAGCAUACCAUCUGAAUCUACAGUAUGGUUUUCUCCCAUGUGUACAAGUUGGCACUGAACAGAGGCCCAACUAUCUUCCUAUGGAGGUUUGCAGGAUAGUUCCCGGACAGCGCUACCAGAAGAAGCUGGGAGACACUCAGGUUGCUGCUCUAAUGAAGUUAACCUGUCAGAAGCCAUCUGUCCGCAAGCAAGACAUUUGUCAGGUCGUUGAGCGCAACCAGUACAACAGCACCAAGCGUGCGAAUGAAUUUGGCAUAGAGGUUGACUACAAUCCUACUUCAGUUCAGGCUAGAGUUCUGCCGGCUCCAACUCUGAAGUACCAUGGUUCUGGAGCUGAGAGUUGGUGCUGCCCGAAGGAUGGGCGGUGGAACAUGAUAAAAAGGAAAGUAGUGAAUGGAGCAAGGGUCAGGAACUGGGCCUGCGUCAACUUUUGUCCAGAUUUGAAUAUGGCCGCUGUUCAAAAAUUCUGCUUCGAGUUGGCUAAAAUGUGUCGUACUACUGGAGUGGACAUGGAUAGUUUGAGGCUUCCAAUAUUCAUGGCUCGUCCUGAUCAAGUUGAAGCUGAUCUUCGUGGGCACUAUCAGCAAGCGCGGAACAGGCUGAGCGGUCAAAAGAUUGACCUGCUCCUUGCUAUAUUGCCAGAAAAGAAUGGUGGCUUAUAUGGUAAUUUCAAAAGAAUCUGCGAGACAGAGAUCGGUCUCAUGUCGCAGUGUUGUCUGGAUAAAAAUGUCGAAAAAAUGAGUGCCGCGUACUUUGCAAAUGUUGCUCUUAAGAUCAACGCCAAGGCUGGAGGAAGGAACUCUGUAUUUGCUGAUCCAGGAGUAAGUUUACCGAUUGUUUCGAACAAAGCAACGAUUAUAUUUGGUGCCGAUGUCACUCACCCUGCCGCUCUAGAUGAUACCGCUCCUUCCAUUGCUUCUGUUGUUGCCUCCCUAGACUGGCCCGAGGUGGCCAAGUAUAAUGGUGUUGUUCGCGCACAAGGUCACCGUGAAGAGAUCAUCAAUGGCCUUGAAGACAUUGUCAAGGAACUCCUACUUGCAUUCCAAAAAGAGUCCAAGCAAACGCCCCAGCAGCUGAUAUUCUACAGGGACGGCGUUAGCGAGGGCCAGUUCAAACUAGUGUUGGAAAAAGAAAUCCCAGAGAUAGAAAAGGCUUGGAAAGCACUUUACAAUGAGAAGCCACAGAUCACCUUCAUAGUGGUGCAGAAGAGGCACCACACAAGGCUAUUCCCCAGUGAUCAGCGCUGCAUGGAUAGGAGUGGAAAUGUUCUACCUGGCACAGUGGUUGAUAAGAUGAUAUGCCAUCCAACAGAGUUUGAUUUCUUCCUGUGCAGCCAUGCUGGGAUCCAAGGAACAAGCCGUCCUGCACAUUACCAUGUGCUGCGAGAUGACAACAAGUUCACAGCAGAUGGCCUGCAGUCUCUCACAUAUAACCUGUGCUACACUUAUUCAAGCUGCACUCGCUCAGUGUCGAUCGCUCCUCCUGCAUACUACGCCCACAAGCUCGCAUUCCGUGCCCGCUUCUACGUCACCCAAGGCUCCGACAUGGCAUCGACGGCCAGCUCCGGCAAUACAUCUGCUCCUCCCGCUGCUCGUUCGAGGCCACUUCCAGAGAUAAAGAAUGAACUGAAAAGGUUCAUGUUCUACUGCUAGUCCUUACCAGUUAAACUUCCUGAACAAGGCUUUUGCUCUACUGAAUGCCUUGAGUGUGCUCUGAAUUAGACCUGGAGAAUAAAAUCUGUUAUGGCUGCUGUUUCCUAUCCCUUUUAUUAGACAUGGUAUGGAUAUUGUGCCAGAAAUCUACAAUGUUUAAUUUCCUGUUUCCAGUGACCAGAUUUUGUGUUUGUGGUUAUGUGUUGAAUAAACAUGGAAGUCCAUGCCAAGUUACCAUUUCCAGGUAAUCAGAAUUGCCAGAGGCCUAUAUUCGGUACGUUCUGGUUUA